AUGAAUCCACUUGAAUCCGUUAACGGAAACGUAAACAACUACCACACCAGCGAAGACGCAAUACCGUCAACUACAGAUUCAGCAGUUGCAGCGGUACGACAACAACAACAGCCACGAGCCAGCAAUGGUAAUUGCAAUGACUGCAAUUACAACGGAAACGAGAACAACAACAAAGUAGCAUUGGGGACGACAGAGCAGCGCCGCCGGCAGAACAACGAGCAGAGUUUGCACCAGGCGGCCACAGCACCUUCUUUGCCCACAUUCUUUGUACACAUUGUGAUGUACUUCUAUUACAUGAUUGCUGCCAUGGAACCCAAGUACCAGAAGUUCCGUGACCAUCUUUCUACGAUUUCUACAAGCCAAAUACGUGAAUGCCCAGUCGUCAGUGACGACGCGACGACCAACCGGAACCGACUUGAUCUUGAACUCUAGCACGGCCACGUUCCCGCUCGACGUCCCCCCAUAGACCGACCUCACCUCCGCCCGAGGACGUUUCCAACUUCGCUCACAUCCUUGCUACAGGAUAAGGCUGUGAGCAUCCUCCCGGCGGCCAACAUCCUGAUCGACACCGGGUGUUAUACCUUCGAGAUGCGAGCUCUGAUCGACCAGCCGUAUCAGCGCAUCCUUGGCAACAGCCUAUCGGCUUUCCGCCACCCGCGUUGGUAUGGAGGGCGUAUGCACGGCGAUCAUCCGCUCACGCUCCGACCUGUCGAUGGUGAGAACUUGGAGCAGUUCCGCAGCAUUACGCUCGCCGACUAGCGCUGGCUCCAGUCAUCGAUGGUGUCCUGGUGCUUGGCACUGAUGUGUAUCCGCACAUCAUUCAUCCUGGCAUCCUGCCGAGCACCAACGGUUUGCCAAUGGUCCAGAAUGGUCACAUUGGGUUGGAUUCUGUCCGGUCCAUGUGGACAAUAAAACAGUUUGCAACUCAUUGCAGG